UUUCAGUGUUUCCGUCGUUCGCCAUCUUGGCAUCGUUUGGUGCGGAAGACGGAGCGGUGGAUUAUUUUGCUUAAUUUGGUGUGAAUACGCUAUCCUAUUGUCAGUGAAAGUAUACAAAAGUAGUAAGAAAAUGAGCUACGGCAGGCCGCCGCCCCGUAUCGACGGCAUGGUGUCGUUGAAAGUCGAUAAUCUCACCUAUAGAACAACGCCGGAGGAUCUGAGGCGCGUGUUCGAGCGAUGCGGCGAAGUUGGAGAUAUUUACAUACCUCGUGACCGAUUCACCCGUGAGAGUCGAGGCUUUGCCUUCGUCAGAUUCUACGACAAGCGUGACGCCGAAGAUGCACUUGACGCCAUGGAUGGACGUCUCCUCGACGGCAGGGAGUUGAGAGUUCAGAUGGCUCGCUAUGGACGGCCAACUUCACCGCACCGAAGCCGCGGAAGCCGACGUCGUGGAAGAUCACGUAGCAGAAGCAGGGACCGUAGACGUUCACGUUCCAGGUCUCGGUCUAGGUCACGCAGUCGCGAUCGAGAUCGCAAACGAUCUUACAGUCGCAGCCGAAGCCGUUCCCGUUCGGACAGCAAGAGUUCUCGUGGCAAGUCACACUCGCGCAGCAAAUCGCAGGAAAGACAGAAGGAUAGCCGUUCGAAGUCAAGGGAUUGAAGAUAAUAUGGCUCGAAGUGUAUAGCAGGGAACUGAUGGAUGUGCUCAGUUGCAAAAGCAGUAAAGCAUUCUGACAAAACAAUAAAGGCGGUGGGAAGGAGUGGCGUGGCGAGUGUAGCUGAUGAUGGGGGUAGCUGAGUAAGCAGUAAGCCGAGUAGCGGGGCUGUAAGCAGUAUGCAGUGUGCAGUAGCGAGCGAGCGGUUGGUGGUCUGGUGAAAGCGAGUUCGCGACCAGUCAGGCGAAAGUGUGCGAGCGUAAGCAGUCUGGGGGGUCAGAGUCCUGAGAUAUUGCUGAGAGCACUCGAGCACAGAAAUUGCGGAAAGCAGCCAGAACUACGCUGUGCUGUCGCAGCCGAUCUUUACUCGCAGGUAGCACGAGAAUCACCAGACCUCGCAAGCAGCAACGCAUAUAGCAGCAAUGAACAGAGUCUACCUUUUUAUACGUAUUCAUUAAUAUUCCUGAUCACGAGAUCCAUAUGUGGUUGUGUUCAAGUGUUUACUGAGUGAGAGGAUGGCUGCAAAACAGAAUGAGUAAAAACGUAUGAAUUCGACCCACUUGCCAUUCUGUCUUCUUCCUCGGAUACUUGACUAGGAAAUUUUACAUAUUUAUGCGAUUUGGUAGAGUUGGUAAACACUGUGUUUUGAGCGAAUCUCCGAACCAAUAAUACAUCAGUUUCAAUUUUUUUUUUUCUUGUCCAGCCCCCUCAAAUUCUCAUUAACGAACCAUUGAUCUCAAAAUCAAGAAUUAUUGGUGAACGUGUACAAAGGUUUCUCGAUUCCCAGUAAAUUAUAAAGAAAACAGUUUACUGUUGAUCAUCAUUAAUUCAAUUGUAAUAAAUGAUAAUCAAGGGCAUAAUCUUUACAAGCAGUCUUAUGGGUUUGUUUAUUGAAGUCUAUUGUUUGUGCAAGGUUCUGAGUUGAUACAUGUUCAAUUAAUUAUGUUGCUCUAAUUUUCACAUUCCAUAAACGUUAUAUUUGUGUGAAAUCAACAGUAAACGUUCUGAAUGGGCUUGCUGAUCUAUGUUACUUUGUGAUGGAAUUAUUAUUCAUGGGUUAAUAUGAAAGACGCCUUCCGAGUAGUAGUUUACCAUUGAGAAAAUUGCCACUACUCCUUAAUAAAUGGCAUAGGCUGGGGGUAUCAUGUGUUUUUGUGUAUCUGAAUUUCAGGAUUUCGACAAUCAACAAUUUUCGUAGUUGCAAAGGUAAGAUCUUAUAUAAUUGGUGAUAAUAUAAAGAAAAUGGGGUAUUUUUCAGAUUGUUGAGUCGAUUUGUUUUGUAUAUCAUUUUUGAAAACCAACGUGUUUUUGGCGUAGUUCCAAAAUGAGACAAAAAUCUCAAAAAUCUUGUUUCAGUGAUCAACAUUUUUAAGCCUAAAUUCCCAGGUGGGCCAGCGUUCAAUUUUAUUCUUUUUGUAUCUUUUUGAAGAA